AUGAAUACUUCACGAACUUCCUCACGAUCAACUGCGGAUACCAGUACCGGUAAGAUAUCAAUCAGGGAUUGGAACUCGCUGGAAUUGCGCGCCAAGUCAGACCCAAGUACCUUGCAGAAGUUCUUCGUGAGAAAGAGUAACGAACUGAGCGAAAAGGUCGUGCGGACUCGUAUCACUGGAGAAAGGUCAGAUGAUACUGCUCUGCAUGACGCUUUGGGCCAAGAUCGAGAGCGCGAGACUUUUAUCAUGGACAUGGUCAACAGUCUACAGGUCAGGACGGAGGUGGAUGAAGUAGUCAAAAGAGCGAUUGGUGGAACAAGUAACGCAUUACUAGCUGCUGGAAAGACUAUCGACGAUAUCCUCAAUGCAGGUCGAGAAAUGGAAACCAGUUCGGAAGUCCGCUCGAGCGGCCUGGUCAAGUUCUCAAUACACUCACCAGCUGUCGAGCGCGAUGGUUCAGGUUCAGUCUCUACCUGGACAGGCCUAGUCAAACCGCUCGAAUCAUUGAAAGACGGGAACUCGACUAAAUACAGCGAGUUCUCCAAAAGGCUAUUGCAUUUCCAAAAAGAUAAGAUACCGGACAUAGCCAGUAAACUUACAGAUCGACUAAAAGCUGAAUUGACCAAGGACGAGUCGGUACUGAAGGAUGCCACCUUACAAAGGUGGUCAGGGAAAGCUGAUUUCCCCGAUUUGACACAGCAACAGAGAGAAGACAAGCUGCAGGACAUGUUUCCAAAUAGCGAUCAAUUUUGGUCUGCAUGGGCCAAGAGGGAUUGGGAUAAAAUCGGUGAUGAAGUCAGCGCAAGGUUCAGUGAUUACUCCCGUCAAGCACUUAGCGAAACUAUCGAGGAUAAGGUAUCUCGUCAAACUUCCGAAGUGGGAAGUAUAGAUAAAGUGUGCCUUGAAGUCACCAUUAACCCCGAUAUCAAGACACCUCGUAACUCCCUGGACUGUUGUGGGUGGUUCUCAACAGAUCCGCUGUUGGACAGUAAAAGCGUUUCGAUUCAGCUUAAAUCUAAAGAUGGUUUCUUCCAUAAAUUUUAUACCACACACUUAUCGGAUUUUGUUGAUUUGAAUGAUAAGAAGUUUGCCAAGGAUCUCUGA